AACUAUCAAUCUGAACAACAAAGAAUGAGACAUCACUUCCGCCGAUUCACUUCCGUCACUAAUUUAACAAAUUCCAUUUCGAGUUCAGUGGACUGAUCAAGCUCACAAAAUAGUUAUCAGCGAACUUUCUUCGAAUUUAUUUUAAAAAAAUCGAAAACAAAAAAAACGUUAAAGUUCAAAUUCAAUGUCAUGACACGGCUGAUACGUACACAAAAAAUGAUAACCAAAUAAACAUAACAACUGAUAUGUACACCUACAACAAUUUCCCUAUCGCUUAUUUACAUAAAUAUUUAUUGCACUUUUGUGUAAGCGAGCCAAACUCUAUUAUCAUUUAAAUUGGAAGGAGUACGCCGGUAUGCUUUCGUAAACAAACCAUUUCAGCAUGCGAUUACACUUAAAUAAACUUGGGCCAUGAAAAUUAUAUUGAGUCACUUACGACACGCCGGGUGGGGAAAAAACUGUCUUUGGUGCCGGGGUAUGUUCAAUGUGUAAACAAUAUUGGAUUAAUUGGAAACAAUAAUAUAAAAAGCGAUGACAAUAAAUUAUUAAUAAUAAGUUCAGCACUAUCAGUUGACGAUAUCGGUUGAUCAAGUGAAUUCACAAUUUAGAAACAUAAAAAAUAGAUCACACACAAAAUUCGAAUAAAUAAAUUGAGGCAAUGGGAAACUUACUUGUGUUUCGGUUAUUUUGUGCGUUUUUAUUGAGUGUUAAUACAUUAGGAAAUCUUGUUGCACAAGAAACAGACUCGAAAUGCAUAAAUUUCCCAUUGUCUUAUCGAAGCAGUCGCGUGGUUGGUGGAACAAAUGCGGAAGAAAGCGAAUUUCCGUUCAUUGUCAGUUUGACUCGCCGAGGUGGACACUUCUGUGGUGCUACGAUUGUGAAUGAUCAAUGGCUUUUAACAGCUGGUCACUGUGUUUGCAAUGGUCUAAACAGAUUUAUGAAACCGAAUCAAAUUAAGUCAGUAAUCGGUCUACACACGAUGUCCAGUUUUAAAGACAAUGCCAUUGAGAGUAGUGCCUUCGAAAUGAAUAUAAGGACAAUUGUAACUCAUCCAGACUAUCGGUGCGAAUCGGUUAAAGAUGAUAUAGCAUUACUGCGCCUGCAUAAGACAAUCAUAUUUACCGAUGUCGUUAAACCGGCUUGUAUUCUAUCAAGCGAAAACAACUACGAAGGAGACGUUGCUGUGGUUAGUGGUUGGGGUUGGACUAUGGAGGAUCAGAGUACCGGUGAUCCUGCUAACAUUUUACAAAAAGCAUCGGUGAAUGUAUGGAAAAAUUCUGAUUGCCAAAAAUCGUUCCGAGAAAAGGGGAGUGACAUCAUACUUACUGAGAAUCAGAUUUGUGCGGGACAUGUGAGUGGUGGAAUCGAUUCAUGUUGGGCCGAUUCAGGUGGUCCUCUCAUUACUCCGAAUCAUUCCUUAAUUGGUGUAGUUUCAACAGGUGUAGGAUGUGGCAGGCCUGGCUUGCCGGGAAUCUAUACACGUGUAAGUAAAUACAUCAAUUGGAUUAAACAAACAAUCGAAAUCAAAUAGAGGCUGUGACUGACUAGCUUAAACCUAUCUGUGAUAAACUAUUUAUUUUUAAAAAUAAAAUUUGAAAUGACUAUUAUUGCAUCAAUAUGUUCUGCCCUGCAAAGCUUG